CUCGCUGUGAGUCAGGGCAGGCCACGUGAGGCCCCAGCGUCGGCCCUGACGCCUGCCCGCACGCCCUGCCCCGGGAUCCCAACCCACCGCACAGCCCUGCAGAGCUUUCCAACGACCGCAGAAAGGAGCACACAGCACGUGAGAAAUACAAACCAGGCACAGCAAUGGAGAACCUGAAUGUCCCAUUCCCAGAUCUUACUGAAGAACAGCAAGACAUUUUCCAGAGGGUUUUUACUGCUGAUGCCAGUUACUUGGAGCAUCAUGAGAAAAUGAACCAGUCCUUCUGGGAAUCACUUGUAAAAUGUUUAGCUACCACUGACCCACCUAUCCUGAAUACUGAAGAAAAGAACAAUCUCCUCAACAGCUGCAAUGUCCUGCCUGGAGGCUGUGCAGCCUGCCUGAAAGCUAUAGAGAAGAAAGGAGUCAAGGCAAUGGCUGUUCUUUACCUCUUGCUGAAGACAACCAACCCAUCUGGCUAUAGGCAGCUGCCCAGCUCCAAGGGAAAGGAUGAAAAAUUGAAACUCCUGAAGAGAUUGGAAAGGAAUCUCAUGCUUUCACAAGGGGAAAAAAAGGCUGAAAACUCAUCCCAGGAGUCCACGGAUGAAGAUACACAAGACAGUGACGGGGAAGAUUUAGGAAGAGAGAAGACUGAAGGCCAAUUACUUGGAGGCAUAUCAGCAGAGGUUGUUCCCUACAGGGAUUCAGAGAUUACCAGAAGAGAAGAUUCAAUUGCAGAUGCAUAUGACAACAAGGACACUCGCCUCCAUCAGUGGACAGUACGGUGGAUGGGCAUACGGAAGGAUGAUGAAUUCUUUCAUUUUGUCAUUCUUUGCUUUGCAAUUGGAGCUUUACUAAUUUGCUACUACUACUACAAAGAUUGGACUAUUUCUCUUGGAAUCGGUUUAAUCACCUUUGCUUCUCUGGAAACCACUGGGAUAUACUUUGGUCUAGUGUAUCGAAUUCGGAGCGUACUUGACAGUUUUGUUCCUCUGAUUGACAAAUUCAGGCCAACAGGUAUGAGGAAAGCUGCCUAGGAGCAUUAUUUCAGGAGAGUUCCACAAAACCCUGCUGCCUGAAUUUCUGGUAUUAAAAGAAUUGCUUCAUGAGGCAAACAUAAAAACCUCAUGGCUAAUGUGAAAUACUGAAAUGUUAAACCAUAGAAAUACACCAUUCCCUGCCCUCAAAAAUAAAGCUGAAACUGCGUUACAGGGGCCCAGUCUUUCUUCUGAAGUGAUUUGUGGCUCAGCAGAGCUCAUAAGACAACCUAGAUGUAGGUUUGUAUUUAAUUCCAUUAAAUAUAAACACAUUCUCCUUCCCUCCCCCAUGCCACCAGGUUAGUCUGCCCAUGGUAUAUCAAAAUCAACAAAAUGGCCAGUAUUAUCCUCUGCUGGUUCUGGAUUAGGCUCUGGAUGUUUCAGAAGGAAUCUUGGCAACCACAGAGCCACCUCCUCUUCACCCCUUGUGAUGCUGCAAACCAGGCAAACACCAGCUGCUUGCUUACACAGUUGAGCCCCAACAGUGCAACAGCACUGAAGCAGAUUAAUUUAUUGUGGCAGAACUCAAUAUAGUGGGUGUAUAAUGAUUUCACCCAGUGAAAGCUGGGUGAGAUUUUUACAUGCAGUGACAUAAUGGAGCAGUAAUGAGAUUAUUAGCAGCAGCAAAUUUCAUCUCUUGUUCUGAGGGGAAAAAUAAAGUGCUUGAUUUGACUCAGCCCCCAACAUUUUCCUUUCUUUGAAUAAAAUAAAGUGCAACUUUGACAUUCCUUCCGUUUUACGGGGACAUGUUAUGCAUUAUUGAUGUAAGGCUAAUGCAAUCAUAAGCAGACUGCAAAAAAAGGGAUACCUUUACAUUUUUAGUAAAAAUGUAAGGUCUUCAUACCCAUAGGAAGGCAUCAAGGCAGAUGCAAUGAGCCACAAAACGUGAAAUUGUAAGGAAACGUAGAUCUAAACUCCAUUAGCCUAAAUAGCCCAGAGUUCGAGAGAAGUGAUUUCAAGCCUUGCUCAGAAAAUUAAACCACUUACUUUUUAGUUGUACUUAGUUUUAAAUUCUAAGCACCAGUGUUGAUCAUUCUUGUGUAUGGCAGUUCCAUUUGCUCAUCCAGAAAUAUCAGCAAUUGUACACAGGCCUGUACCAACGCAGCGCAGCCAUUACCUAACACGUCAGGGGUUAAAUUAAGCAAUAACUAUCAAUACAAGUAAUUUUGUAAUAUUUAUA